AUGUCAGAAAGUUAUAAUGCCACAAAUACAUACAACUAUCUGGCUAAAGCAUUGAAUGAUUGGAAUCUUUAUGACAAAGUGAUUGCAGUCGUACACGAUAAUGCUCGGUACAUGGUUGCUGCUGUACAAGACAAUUGGGAAGCUUAUGAUGAUCUUCAAAUAAGUGUCCGCAGUUUUUUCCACACUCUACAGUGUGUUGUAGAAAUAGCUCUAAAAGAAUGUAAUUUGAAAGAUUGCUUACAGAAAGUUUCAGCCAUAGUAGGUCACUUUAAGCACUCGAAUAAAGCCAGUACAGCUUUGGAAAAUGCCCAAAAAAAACAUCAUCUGCCAACUCACCGGUUAAUAAGCCAUUCUCCAACACGUCGGAAUUCGGCAUAUGAUAUGGUCGAACGUCUAGUUGAACAGCGUAAAGCUGUUGAGUGGGUUUUAUUAGAUCAAGAGAUAACGCCUAAAGAAAUGAUGAAAAAACUACUUCUAAAUGACUCUGAUUGGACCUAUUUGCAAGAUGUCAUCAAAAUUUUUAAGUCAUUUGAGGUUGCGACAAGAUUAAUGUCUACUGAGAGCCAGUCCACUCUUUCUAUGCCGCAAGAUGAUGAUAGCGAAUAUAUUUUAUUACUCAAAGAAAUUCUUGAAAAAGAAUUAACAACUCGUUUUUUAAGUAAUACAAAUGUAACUUGUUGUGCAAUUGCAUCUUAUUUAAAUCCACGUUACAAAGAUUUAGCAAAUGAAGAAGAACCAUAUCGGAAUAAGAUCAAGGAAAAAUUGAUUGAAAUGACAGCGAGAAUCACAGUAAAUGAACCUGAUUUGAAUAAAAAUCAAAGAGAGAGAGAUUUAGAUUAUAUUUUUGAUCCUGUACGCGGCUUGUCUGGAAAUCUGCAGAGAAUGGCAAGUCUUGAAGGCCAAAGUCCUAUUGAAAAAGAAAUAAUAAAAUUUGACCGAGAGCCUACAAUUCCAAAGUCAAAUUAUGUCUAUUAA